ACUCGACCAAAAUCUACUACAAACCGAAAAAAAAAAGAGCGACUAUAAUGCUCAAAUCAAUCUGUAAACGAAUAUUACUGCAAAAAAAAAACAAUUUUUACAAAUCAACUGUUUUUGAAAUCAAAAUAAAUUAAUAUUACACUAUAUUUAUUGCAUUAUUAGUAUUUAUUGCAUAAAUUUAGUUUCUUAUAAACAUUCAAUUGACAUUUGAUUAUGAACACUAACGCUACCUAUGAAUUUACAAAAGAACUAGGUCAAUCUACUAGCGCUAUCUGUUGUGCAGAUUAAAAAUAGUAUCUGGGUACAUAAUGGCCUAUUAGAGUUGCCACCCCCGGUGUAUUGUAUUGUAUUGGUCUGUUUGGGUGUGCUUAUUUGCUUAAUUAUGGAUAUUAUUUUCCAUGAAAAGCAAGAGGGGUCGCUUUGUGCACAGCAUUGUCUUAAUGCGUUGCUGCAAGGUUCCUAUUUUACACCUGUUGACUUGGCAGAGCUAGCCCAGCAGAUGGACGACGAGGAAAGGAGUCGGAUGGCUGAAUGUGGCGUCGAUAGUGAAGAGUACAGAAGGUUUCUUGAACAACCGUCGGGCAACUACGACGACAGCGGCUACUUCUCGGUGCAGGUGAUCAGCGCGGCGCUGGAGGUGUGGAACCUGGAGCUGGUGCCCUACACCAGCACGGAGCCCUGCGCCCUGCAGGCACAGAAGUGUCCCGCCGGGGUGCUUGCUCGCAGGGACAUGCAGGCGUACAUAUGCAACUACAGGGACCACUGGUUUGCCAUCCGCCGCCUGGGCCACCAAUGGUUCAACCUCAACUCGCUGCUGACCGGCCCGGAGCUCAUCAGUGACACCUACCUGGCAAUGUUCCUCGCCCAGCUGCAGCAAGAAGGCUACUCCAUCUUCGUGGUGCUGGGCGCGCUGCCCGAGAGCGAGGCGGACAGCCUGCUGCGCCUGGUGCCGGCCGUCCAGACGGUGAAGCCCCGGGCAGUGGCGGGCGGCGGCUCGGAGCGGGACCCCGAGCUGCAGCGCGCGCUGAGGCUCAGUCUGGGCGCGGGCGAGGCGGCGCGCCGGGAGGAGGAGGAGGGGCGGGGGCCCGGGCAGGAGCCCCGGGAGGACGGCGAGGAGGAGGAGGAGGCGCUGCAGCGGGCCCUGCGGCUGAGCCUGCAGCAGGACGACGACGAGGAGAGCGAGCUGGAGCGGGCCAUACAGCUCAGCCUCGAGUGCGAGGCCUCCGCGGCGAGGGUGGACGCAGACGAGGUCCGCAGGAAGCGCCUGGCCUACCUCCAGGGACGCAGCGGGGGCUCUCAGCAGAGCCUCGACCUGCCCCCCGCCCCCCUCGCCGAGUCCCGGGUCAACACCUAGUCCCUCGCGUGUGUCCGGUCCUGUUCGGGACAGGGAGAGAGUGUACCUGCUUAGCUAGUGUCGGUAUGGCCAGUAAUAUUCCUCCUCCGUAACCAGCCUUUUAAUACUUUUAACCGUGUUCACUUUAUUUAUUACCACUCGUCAGUAGAGAUCUGAGAAAGUGAUAUUUCAAUAAAAUCACAACAAAAAAGCAAGGUGAUUUUAUUUUGCACUUAUUUGGCAGAAAUAGAAUUUAAAAAGAAAAUUGAAAAUAUUAGUUAGUAAUAGUUGUAAACGUCAUAGAAAUUACAAUUAAUGAAUAUCUUAAGCUUAAUGAAUUUAACAUUAAGAGUGUAUGUCCCGUUACAGGUCAUUAUUUUAUAUUUAAGUUCUAUACGGUCCAACUUGCCCACAUCUUGAGAGACUGGACUUUCACAAAAUGAAACAAUAAAUAUGUAUAUAUUACGUAUGUUUUGCAUAAUUAGCUAGCAAAGCUGCGUUUUUAACAUUUUUGUGCAGUAUCGAUAAGGAGAAUGAAAUGGAAUAUAAAACUAUACCUUUUUAGGUGUAAAGUCAAAUUUACUGACUGCUAUGUGAUAUGGUUUAAAUUUCUUUCAGAAAUUAUUUAAUCUUACCUGGUCCAUAAAAAUCAUCAGAAUUUUUAUGAUUUUAAAAAACUAAAUACUGUAAUAAUAAAAUAAUUUUUUUCUGAAAUAAUUUUAAACCAUGCAAUGUCUUCAAAAGAUACCAUAGUAAACACGUCAAUAUUGGCUUCUUUCAGGUUCUACCUUCUGUCUGUGAUGACUAAGUUAUGGUGAGUAAGUAACUGUUUACUGUCAACAUUGCUUGUAGGUUUACAAAUGGCAUGCAGGACGACUAGUGAAAACAGAUUCUAAUUUACACUUGGAGAAGUCAGCACUUUAUAAAACAUUUCUUGCACAUCUUCGUUAAGAAUGUCAUAACCUUGAAGCGUUUAGUGUUUUCAAACUGAUGAGUUCGUAAAUGGAAUUCAUAAGUGCAAUAACAUCUUUUGAUUUGUUAAGGAUGACAGUCAUUGGGUUAAAAAUUUAUUUAAAACUGAAUGGUGCAGAAGGUUCAUUGUUCAACAUUUGCUAUAUGCUGUAUCUAUUUGGCAUUCAUGCGUAGCAGGAACUUGCUCACUUGUUUUUUAAUUAAGGGUAGCAUUUUUAAACACCGAACUAAAUGUUCCCUUUGAAACAUUCUUUAAAAUGUCCAUGGUUGCACUCAAAAUUACCAUACAGAAUAUAAGCCAUCAAAUACAUUGAACUUUUAACAGAUGUGUAUUUACUAUUUUUACGUAGCGUUCACAUUGUAGAUAAUCUGUUCCGUGAGAUCCGUCUGCGUUUAUGUGAUCCGUCUCCGUUUCCCCGUUGUAAAACGAGCCUGAAUGGGCCUUCGGUAUGCAUUGUUGUCCCUCAACGUAGUUAGUAAAAUAUUUUUUUUUUCAUUUGACACAUAAAUUUAAUGGCAUUAGAUGCAUAAACAGUUAACACUGUCACUUAUAAACUCGUCAGCCUGUUGCCUUCCAUUUACUGCAUUUUUGUCAUUUCUUAUGUCUAGAAAUUAUGAAGUUAAUGUUUAAGACUGGAAUUAAAAAUAACAACUUUUUGGAUAUAAUAUCUAGGGGAUGGAAACAUUAGCAUCUUGGUAUAGAUGCUAUUUAUUUAUUUUGCUAAUUUUCUCUUAAAAUGCUAUUUUUUGUUAAUUUCCAACAUAAAUGUUAUUUUAGCUAUUUUUCUAAAUAAUCAGGGGUGCAUAAGCAUUGGAAAUUUUGAAUGGAGUAGAGUUUUAAGUACUUGACUUGAGCCUAAUUUUAAUGCUCGAAAAAUUGGAGUAGUUCACUGUUUGGUCUAGGGACAUAAUAAAACAAUUAUGAAACCUCACUGUUACAAACCUGGAGUACCUAGUCUUAUAAUUAUAUACCUAAUAAUUGUGAAGUUCUUAAAAUGCAGUUAAGUAGAAAAUGAUUUGUUGAUGCAAAAAUGAUUAAAAAGGCAUUUGAUAAAAUUUUAGAUCUUAAACAUGCAACGAUGCAACAUUUAUAGUCUCCAGUGGUUUCAUUAUUAUGAAUAAUGACGUAAAUGAUUAAGUAUUGAAUUUGCUAGCAAUGGUGGCUGAUUUUACAUAAUCUCGUACUGUAUUUAUAAUUUUAAUUUUGGUUUGAACAUAUUUUCUGUCAUUUAGCGCAUCGCGAUCAUAAUGUUGUCUACCUUAACCUAUACUACAAAAAAUAUAUAUAACUUCUAUCCAAGCACUAUACUCAAAAUUUUGUAGAAUUCGCUGCAGUAACCAAAGAUUUUUUUUUUAAUGUGCUUUGAAUAUCCUUAUCUUCAUAAGUAAUAUUUGUACCGACCGUCACUCACUGAAAAGAAACAAAUAUACAAAAUACACGUCCAUUUUACCUGCCUAGCUGAAUAUAAUAAUGGCACACGUGAAUGUGAUGUGAAGACAAAUGAACAGCGAGUGAUAAAUAAACACAGAUGAAGCACUAUAGUUAAUGCACAAACACAAUAGUUACCAUAAAAGAACUACAGCUACUGUAGAUGCACCAUACUUACCACAGAAGUACAAUAAUUACCACAGAUGCACCAUAGUUACCGUAAAUAACAUGAUGCACAUUGAGCUAGUUAAAUGUUACGGCAGUGCUGCUAGUCCUAUAGUGUGUAGGGCAAUAAAAAACUUUAAUUUUUAAAACCGCAAUAAAAUGAUUUUGUCUGUGUGAAAUGUUGUUUUCCUUUUAAUGUUACAAAUUAACAUCCUAAAAUAAGUCUUUAACUACAAUUAGGCCUGUGUGAAUAACAGUGUUUUUAGUUCGAAUCAAAUACGAAUAUGAAUAAUUGAAUAUCAAAUUAUUCAUGGAUACAAAUAUGUAUCAAAUUUGAAUAGUAAAAAUGAAAAUUAGAAUCCCACUAAAAAAUAUUUUUCAUGUCAUGUAACAAUUUCUGGAAAAUUAGACAACUUAUACUAAAGUGAAAGGUUGGUUAAAUUAAGUCAGCUACAAAAAAUUUUAAGGAAAAAAGGUUUUAUUAAAGUAUUUUUUAAAUUAUGAAAUAAUUUUUUGGUUUUUUAAAUUUUGCAGCAACCAACCAACCUAUUUGCCUUAUUUUCUACAACCGGCUACUCUGCAUAUUGAUCCAGAAAAUUUUUGUGAACUUCAAAACAGUGAAAUCCAUUGCUGUUUAUUUAAUGAAAACCGUUAAUUUUUUUUAAAUACUGUAUUCCCAAAUUAGUGAUUGAAUGAGCUCAUAUUUACAUAUUCAAACCGUAGAUAUUCAUGAGUUUUCAUUGUUAACGGCUGCCAGGUAAAUUGUAUUUUAGUUCAGC